AUGCUUUCUGGCCCAAAGAAACCUUUGCAGAACAUAUACAGUCGGCAAGCGUCAAAGAAAGAAAGCACUCUGUGUGACCACCGACAGGCAACAACAGCCAAGCCCAUACGAUCCUGUGGUCUCGCACAACAUGUGCAUGCUGCUAUUAGUAAGCAGAAAGAAUCGACGCAGACGGCAAUCGCAGCAGGUGGUGGAGCGAGGGCAAGCAAUCCAAAGCCAGAGCACCGGCAAAAAGCGGGCGAGACUGGCGCUAAGAUAAUAGAAGCAAGUAAAGUGGACUUCAAAAGGGGCAGUCUAGCGGAAGGGAAUCAGGCCAUUGUGGGGCUGGGCCAAGGGAUUCAGCAAUCUGUAAAGAGGGGAGGGGAACACGGCCAGCUCCGUCAGGACGCGUCUGGGAGUCCGGAAGCAGAAGUGGGGCAGGAGGGACCUAGAGCGGGGACUGGUACAAACGAGGCAGAGGCAGAACCUGCAGAUGAUGUGCCAGACGUCAAGAAGCUGGAGUUCGUGCGCAACCUGCUGAGCAAGGUGGAAGAGUGGAAGGCUGACAACCCUGGCAAGUCUCUCAAAGCCGAUCAGCAGAUUAAGCUGGGAGAGUGGCUCAAGCGGGAGCACUCGCUCCUCCGCCGCCUCGACAUGCUGCCGUCCUCGCUGCAGCAGAACGGAACUGGGAAGGUGGCAGGGCCACAGGUUGUCAGCACUCCUCGUGCGACUGGCGCUCCAGAGUUUGCCAAACAGUCGCCCCGUGUGCAAGCCUCUUCAAACCUGGCGGCACCCACCUCUAGUUCACCGAAGCAGCCACACGGCACUCUUCCAGCGAGAGUGGACCCCUCUGAAGCGAGCCCUAAGCAGGUCUUCACGAGCAGGCAGCCUGAUCACGCGAAGGCUGCUUCCACGAAGUCUGCGACUUCUUCGGCAUCGCCCCAACUAUCCAAGCCCCAAACCGCUAAGCCUCAGGCGCCCCGCUCACUGCUCCAGUCUGGCGCUUCUGCAUACUCCCCCACGAAGAAAGCUGACCCAGUCUCCCAGCAGUCUCUUUCCGCAAGGAAGAUCGAAAGUGCCCCGCCCCCGCUGACCAUGCCUCCUGUUCGCAGCGCGCCGCAGCCAAUGGCGCUGACCAGUCCAACUCCCCAGCCCAGGAUCUCCCUCUCAAGCAACGCGACCCCUGCAAAAGCCCCGCAGUCCUUCGCCCCGAAAUCUGACGGUCUAAAGGUUUCAGAGGUUCCUCAGGAGGACGGUCAAGCGUCUCGGACAAAGGUCGUCGGAGGUGGCGGCCCCUGGGCGGUUCUUGGCUUAGACGACGACCUGGGCGUGUCGGAAGCGCUGCGCCUCUCACAAGCCCUUCAAGUGCGGGACAGCGACCCUUUUCUUGAGGCCGAGCGGCCUCCUCUGGCAACGGAACGGAAGCCGGCGGAGGUCUCCAAGAAGGCCGGGCAGCCAGGAGCAGCUCAUCAGGUUGCGACACUUUCCGGGCGGAAGGAGGUGCUUGGCACGAGCAACGGGCUGGGGGCAAGGGUGGACGACGUGAAGGCCAGGCUGGACGCACUUGCGGAGCGGAAGGGUCUCCGGUGGGUUCAGGAGGGCGGUAAAGUGGCGGUGGAGGUCAGGGAGCGGAAAGGUGGGGGCAUGCCGGGGGAAAAGUCGGCUGCCUCAGAUGAGGGUGUGAAAGAGCGGAGCGCGGCGAAGGGAACGGGUUGUCAAGUUGGUGCGGAAGGAUUCAAGCCACAGAGCAGCUUGGAGGUGAGGAUGCUUGUUGGCUCAGGGGGGACUGGGUCGAUUCCUGAACCCCACGAGAAGGAGCCAAAGCAGAGCAGUUUGGAGGAAGGAAGGGUCGGUCUGGAAGAGAACGGGCCAGGGAGGGCUGGCAAAGCUCUCUUGGUUGAACCAGCGGGGCUUACUCGAAGCGUGGAGAAGAACGGCGAAGUUUUGACGGGUGUGGCAACGAGUCCCUCGAAGGGCACGGCAGUUGCGCUGGGCAUUGAAGCGUGGGGCGGGCAGCGUCACUUCAUCUUGCAAGCAGCGAACUGUGUCUCCUCAGUUCCGGAAAGAAAGGACGCCGAUGACGGGGCUGCAGGAGAUUCUCCCGACUCGAGCAAGGAAAACCGUGGGGAAAGAAUUGUCUCGACGCCUGGGACAGGUGGUGCUUCCCCCGGUCCCUCGGAGAAAGGACAAAAACGGGGCGGAAAAGUGGCCAAGGGGGGUGACGAUGUAAAGGGGCUUGUGCAGUGUGACGAGUGCGGAAAGCUCCGGAUCCUGAGGCGGGAGGGCCUUGCCUUGCGGGAGGAGCUCAAUGCCAGGGACUGGUGGACGUGCGACAUGGCGGGGGGCGGGGCAUCGUGCGAAGACCCCGAGGAUGCGGGCGUCGAUGCGCUCAACUUCUUGAAGCCGAAAGAUGGAGGGGCAGGCGGAGCGAAGAGGAAACUCGGGGCGUUUGGUGAUGAGAACGAUGGGAAUAUCGGAGACGGGUUUAAGGCUGGCUCCGUCAAGAAGAUCAAGCUGCUGUUGAGCCCUCAGAAGAAGCCCAAGCUCGAGUCGAAGAAGGGCAAGAGCCCAGUGAAGCACAAGACCCUGGUUGUGAAGCACGAUAGCAAGAGUGAGCGGCAGGAGGGUGGGCUCGGAAAGGCAAGCUCUGAUCCAAGCAAGGUAAAAGCAGCGGCAGCAGAGGAGAGCGCGAGUGAGGGAGGUGUCCCUAGAGGCGACUCGGAGCAGCAUGCUGGGAGCUACUUUGUGCCGGAUGGUUUCACUCUCAUCUUCACGGCUCGAAACACGGAGAAGUCGGUUGCCAUCAACGCUCCAGGCGAUCUGCGCUAUAACAUGCCCCCUGGUUGUGAGUUGCCCGUGGAUGCAAAGGGGAGGAAGCUCACAUACUUGCAGUCGAACAUAAAGGUGGAAGAGUUUCUCUCCCUCAAUCAGCACCACCCACUUGUGAAAGGGCUUUCUACAAACGACUUCUUCUUCUCGGGCCGAAAGUUUGAAUCAAUGCUGGUGGAAGCCUACGGUGCUGGAGCACAGAGAGACAAGUGGGUAUUCAAGAACGACGGUGGAGUUAUGGAGGUUACCAGGGCCGGCCAAGUUGUGCCUCCAAAGAAGUUGUACUUACCACCCGAGACAACUACUAAAAAGGGAGUCUCUAGUCCGGCUAAGAAGCGGAAAGGGCUUGAGCGAGAAACGGAGAAAGGCGUCAAAAAGCUUAAGAUUGGACUGUCUUCGAGAUUCUCAAAACCGCUCUCAAAUGGGGUGGGGCUUUCCAAAAGAGGAGGACAGGGCGCGAUCAUAGCGGCUCAGGAUGGUGAGGACGCAAAGAAGAAAGAGCCCCGAUCGGAGGGUGUCCCCAAGCUUCAAAAAAGCUCUCGGAAAGUCAUAGGCGGCGAAGAUUCAUCGCGUCUGCCAACUCUACCGGACGUACACGAGCAUGGGAAAUCCGCAGACGCAAGUGAAAAAGAAGCUUGUCCCAAGGAAGUCACGAACUUCAGCGUGGAGGAUGUCGAAGGAAACAUGCAACCUGUGGACCAACUCAACCUCGUCCAAGAGGACGCUGAGGGAAAGCUGAAACGGUUGGUCUUGGUUGGAAAAGCACAGGACGGAGGGGACGUGGAGAAGUAUGUCUACAGGUGGAAAGUUAGUGUUGAGCCUUUUGGCAUUGCGGUGAAGACGAAGAAAGCUGGUGAAUGGGUUUUCUUGGACGUGGAGAAGGCUGAAAGCAACUAUGGCCUUAUCCUCGCGCCUUUGAAGCAGAGGCUAGCUCUACUACGGCCUCUGCUAGCCAUCAAGACACUUGCUUGGACCGAUGUCAAGAGCACCAUGCUAAGGAGCCUCGAUGCCGAGGCCGACCUUCUGUUCCUCCGGACAUGGCUGGGAAAAUUGAGGUCCGACAAGAACGAGGUAUCCUUGGCUAUGGAUGGCUACAAGGGGUACUUGGAGGCGAUGCCUCUUGACAUCCUUGACCCCACGGACGAUGCCUAUGUUGAGACGACGUCGCUUGACACUCCCUUCAACGAAGACCAAGUAGCCGUGAAUGAAGUCACCGCAGAGGACGAGGAAGUUGCGCGCACGUUUUUAGAGGAGCCGCAGGAGGCGACUACUCUUGGGGACUUCGUGUGCGCCAUCUGCGAUGAUGGCGGUGGCGACGUGCUUCUUGUAUGCGAUGGGGAGUGCAUGCGAUCCUUUCAUCCCCGACGGAAGGAUGGCAAGGAUAGCAACUGUGAAAGUCUUGGGAUGUCGGAGAAGGAAGUGAAGAUGUACCUGGGGGACGACGUGCCGUUUCUGUGCCCCAAUUGCAAGGCAUUCCAACACCAGUGUUACAUCUGUGGCAAGUUAGGGGACUCCGACAAGCAGAAUUCGGCCCGUGAGGAGUACAAGUGCGAAGUCGCGGGCUGCGGGCACUUCUACCACCCAAACUGCGUGGCCCGGUACGAGCUGCCCGGCGGCACGCUGGAAGAGAUCGAGGAUCGUGAGGCGGCGAUCCAGGACAGCACGGGGUUCUUCCAGUGCCCCCUCCACACGUGCGACGUCUGCAAAGGCGCUGAGGAAGAUCUGGAGCAGGACGGUGGAGCGCUGGUCCGCUGCCGGCGAUGCCCGGUGGCUUACCAUGUCAAGUGCCUGCCGAGUGACCUUCCGACAUCGGGCGAUGAUGGGGAGUUUCAGAGAGCCUGGGGACCUGGCGUCGAAGACGUCGAGCAUCCCAUUGAACAGCGCCUGUGCUACUGCCGGAAGCACUCCAUCGACAAGACUCUCCUCACGCCCAAGCGGAACCACCUCAAACUCAAGCCCCGAAACCGCGCGCCGCUGGCCAUCGAGGUCCCGAAGCGGACAGUCGCGUCCCCUGGUCGGACGCCCCUCGCCGACUCCGCUCCAGAAACCCCUAAACCCUCCCCUAGCAAAGCGCUGACCCCUAGUAGACCGUCAGCGUCCGACCCCGACCUAGCGGUAGCACCGACACCCUCCGCGAAGACCCCUCCAUCGGUUUCCGAAGGACUCCCUGACGCAAUUCCCCCUCCAACACCAAUAAGGUCGGCUGCCAAAUCCGAAGUCUUGGCUCCUUCAGCGGAAGAAGCUGAGGAAGAGCGGCAGCCUUCAAAUAUUUUGGAAGUUGCGUCGGCAGCAGGGGACGCGUCACAGCCGGCGUCCGUCAAGACCUUGGGGGUCGAGGACGAACUUCCCCCUCCCGAAGAAGUUCCUCCUGCCCUGGAGGCAGCGGAGGGACUGGAAGUCAUUGCAGCGGUCGAGGUCGAUGAGGGACCACCGCUGGAGACUCAGGUGGCGGAAGCCGACGACGAAGUCGGCGAAAUCGUGUGGGAGGGGCUGCCCAACGGCGAGCUCGAAGACGUCACGUCGCCUGAGGCCCUCGAGGUCAUCGCGAAGCAUUUGGGCGAACAGAUCGAGCAGGCGGAGAAGGCGAUUGCCAUGAGUCAGGUCCGGGGGGUUCUGGUGACGCCCAGCAUCUACAGCGCCCAGGGGGACACGCGCUCGCGCAUCAUGCCCAAGUCGCGGCUCGAGCCCAUCUGCAACGCGAUUGAGAAGGCGAAAGCGGCAGUCCGGAGCGGGAACGCGGAAACAGCUAGGCGCAUCUGUCAACAGGGCAUCCCUGGGGGGGAGCGUCAGAUUGACGACAUGAGGCGGCUGGAGUCGGUGAUGCGGGUUUACCUCGCGCCGUUCCUCCACGGGAGUCGGUACACCUCGUUCGGGCGCCAUUUCACACACCCCGACAAGCUGCGGGAGGUCGUCGAGCGGCUGCACCCUUACAUCGACGACGGGGACGUGAUUGUGGACUUUUGCUGUGGGGCGAACGACUUUUCGGUGAUCCUGGCCCAAAAGCUGAACGAGCUCGGCAAGACCAACUGCGAGUACAUCAACUUUGACCUCAUCACAGCCAGGAACGACUUCUUCUUCACCAAGAAAGACUGGUUCCACGUCACCCGGGCCGACUUGAACGUUGAGGGGCGGCGGCUAAUCAUCGGCCUGAACCCGCCGUUUGGGGUCAACGCCGCGCUGGCCAACAAGUUCAUCGAGCACGCGCUGACGUGGAAGCCCAAGCUGAUGAUCCUCAUCGUGCCACCUGUCACCAGGAGGCUGGACGACUUUGGGUACAGCCUGUGCUGGGAGGACCACGUGGUGGUGUCGGGGCGGUCCUUCUACCUGCCCGGCUCGCUCGAUAAAGCAACGGAGGCUAACCUGGACCAGUGGAACAAGGUCACGCCGCCGCUGUACCUCUGGAGCCACAACGCCUUCUUCGACAAGCACAUGCAAAUUGCGCAGGCCAAUGGGCAUAACAGCAUCUUCGACCCGUUGCAGCCGCCCGCUCCAGGGACCAACCCCGCCUGGGAGCUGCAGCAGGCGCAGCAGCAGGCCUUCUUCCACCAGCAGCAAAUGCAGGCGCUUCAGCCUCAGUGGGGGCCGUUCCCCGGCGUCCUCCAGCCCCCCCCCUUCGCUCCUGUGCCCGGCGCCCCCCGCCACCCGGCUUCCAACCGGGGGCUACGGAGGGCCGCAGUUCGAGCCGCCCCCCCUCAGUUGCCCGCCGGGGCGAACCCCCUCGAACUGCGCAUGGCGGCGGACCAGGCGCGGGCGGCGGUGCAGGCGGAGACGGACGCGCAGCUGCAGGCGCUGCGGCGGACGCUGGAUGACGCGCUGGCGGAGAUUCAGCAGUGCCAGACCACCAGGCAAGCCUGGCUGUUGCGCUUCUACGAGCUCAAGGCCGAGAACGCGCGGCUUAAGGCCGAGCUGGAAGAGCAGGGCGCGCGGAUCCGGGGCUGUAAGGAGCGGAGCCAGGCGUAUUUCAGCGAGGGAAACAUUCCGUUGCAGAUCCAGUGCGAUGCAGAGUUGAUCGGGCUGCAAAACCACUGGCACGCGGUGGAGAGCGAGAUCAACGAAUCCGAGGCGAACGGUGUGCCCGUGUACGAGACGCUCACGGGCUUCGACGGCCGGGUGAAGGAACUAGAGGCGCGGAUCAAGGAGGCGGAACUAGAGAUGGAGAGAGUGGCGGCCCGGCAGCGGGAGCAGCUGGCGGCGCUGGAGCAGCACGCGCACCACUUCGGGGGGCCUAUUCACAUCGAUGGGGGCCACGGCCACGGGGGGCGAUUUGGCGGCGACGGCGGACACGGGCAUGGGGGAGGCAUGCCCCCCCACGGCGGAUACCUGCACGGGCGUCCGGAGAGCGCGUACGGCGCCGACCGUCCGCACCUCCGGGAGGAGCAUCGACGGGAGCGGCGCGAGGCAGGCGCCCCAUACCGGAACAACGGGGACCGUCGGCAACGGCCUUCGUCUCAAGAGACCGGGCGGAAGAAUUGGGCGACGAGACCGGCAACCCGGGGGCGGGGCAGAGGGCCGGGUGGGGGCGCUGGAAGGGGCUCGGGCUGGGCAGACCAUGGAGUCGACUCGAUAGGGCCGAUCGAGAGGGGUGAGCCGUUGAUGCCGAUGGACGGGCAGUGGCGGGAGAACGAGGUCAGGCCGGACUUCUUCGGACAAGCGUUGCCACCUCCGCCGCCCUUUGUCCCUCCCGAGGCUGAGUUCCAAGGAUUCCCAGGCGCCCCGUUUGAGCCACCGCGACCUCCAUUCUUUUGACCAACGGGACACGGGGGUGUGUAAGUUGGUUGUACCAUGUCAGAGUGUUUGAGCCGAACUGCGUAGCCUAAAUCCUGUUUCAUAAGAGGCAGUCAGUGUGUCAAGCGAACCAUCUCGUGUAGCCCAGAUCCUGUUUCAUAAAGCUAGUUAGUGUGUUCAAGACGAAGAAGCUUAAUUCUGUUGGAUUCAGGGCGCCUUUCAAGUACGACCGAGGGGAUGUGCAAGCAUACAGCAGCUGCUGGCGACAUAGGGAUAUCUUAAAAAGGAGCUUUGAAGUAGAAGGGUUCUUGUCACAUUAACAUGUCGGCCAACUGUUGACCGGCAUUUGUGGUCACUAAGCGAAGAUUGCGAGAUUGGAAGUUGUACAAAAGUACAUGAUUCUGAUGCUGGUGCUCGCGGACAUGAGCGCAAUUGCUGAUAGGUAAUGUCAAACGAAAUGUGCU